CUAUUGAACCACAUGGCUGCGUAGACAGUUUGAAAAUAUAUUUGGAUACAUAUAAUCUAAAUGUGUACAACUGUCCUGUAGUGUCAAGUGACGUCAUGGCCAAUUCCUUGGACUUGUGAGCGAGUCGGAGGUUGCUGCAGGAAAGGGAGAUCGGAGGUUGUAUCUACACCCAGCAGUCUAUUGGGGAAACUUUCACUUUUAUAAACAAGUGUCGGGCUGCACUGGUUGAAGAGGAUACGAGUAACAGGAUCAGCUGGUGGUUGGACUCAACAACAUGAUUAUUGGAGACCUGGCCACAGCAAGGCCCAGGAGAAUGUGUUUAACCUGAAUCUGCUGGUGUGCUGCUCAUCUGCUUAGGUGUCAUGGAGGAUGGGAAGCCGGUGUGGGCGCCCCACCCAGGAGAUGGGUUCCAGCUGGGGACCAUAGUGGACAUAGGAGCAGACAGUUUGACCAUCGAGCCACUGAAACAGGGGCAAAAGAGCUUUACGGCCCAGAUCAACCAAGUGUUUCCGGCUGAGGAUGAUGUCAACAAACAUGUGGAAGACAACUGUUCUUUAAUGUACUUGAAUGAAGCCACACUCUUGAACAACGUCCGUGUGCGGUAUAGUAAAGACAGAAUUUAUACAUUUGUAGCUAAUAUCCUGAUAGCAGUGAACCCCUACUAUGACAUCCCAAAGCUCUAUACUCCCGAGACCAUUAAACAGUACCAUGGGAGGUCCCUGGGCACCCUUCCGCCCCACGUCUACGCUAUUGCUGACAAGGCCUACAGGGACAUGAGGGUGCUAAAGAUGAGCCAGUCCAUCAUCGUGUCCGGGGAGUCUGGUGCCGGGAAGACUGAGAACACCAAGUUUGUCCUCCGAUACUUGACAACAUCCUAUGGAACAGGUCAAGAUAUUGAUGAGAGAAUAGUUGAAGCCAAUCCCCUGCUAGAAGCUUUUGGAAACGCUAAAACUGUCAGGAAUAACAACAGUAGUCGCUUUGGGAAGUUUGUAGAGAUCCACUUCAACGAAAAGAAUACUGUGGUGGGAGGCUUCGUGUCCCACUACCUGCUGGAGAAAUCCAGGAUCUGCCAGCAGAGCCAGGAGGAGAGGAACUACCACAUCUUCUACCGGCUGUGUGCUGGAGCCUCUGAGGACAUCAGGACCAAGUUCCACCUGGAAUCACCAGACGCCUUCAGGUAUUUGAACAGAGGAUGCACUCGCUUCUUUGCAAACAAGGACACGGACAAACAGAUCCUUCAGAACCGCAAGAGUCCAGAGCACCUGAAGGCUGGGCCCCUGAAGGACCCUCUGCUGGACGACCAGGGGGACUUCAACAGGAUGUGCGGGGCCAUGAAGAAGAUCGGCCUGGAUGAUAUGGAGAAGCUGGACCUGUUCAGGGUGGUGGCCGGGGUGCUGCACUUGGGCAACAUCGACUUUGAGGAGGCAGGCAGCACAUCAGGUGGCUGCACUAUAAAGAACCAGUCAAGCCAGACGGUGGAGUACUGUGCUGAGCUGCUGGGUCUGGGAGAGCAGGACCUGAGUGUCAGCCUUACGUCCAGGGUCAUGCUCACCACAGCAGGGGGCGCCAAAGGAACAGUUAUCAAAGUGCCACUGAAAGUGGAGCAGGCAAACAACGCACGGGACGCCCUGGCCAAGGCUGUGUACAGCCGGCUGUUUGACCACGUGGUCACCAGGGUCAACCAGUGCUUCCCCUUCCACUCUUCUGCCAACUUCAUCGGGGUUCUGGAUAUCGCAGGCUUCGAGUACUUUGAGCACAACAGCUUUGAGCAGUUCUGCAUCAACUACUGUAAUGAGAAGCUGCAGCAGUUCUUCAACGAGCGCAUUCUGAAAGAGGAACAAGAGCUGUAUCAGAAGGAGGGCCUUGGAGUGAACGAGGUCCGGUACGUCGACAAUCAGGACUGCAUAGACCUCGUGGAGGCCAAGCUGGUGGGCAUCCUGGACAUCCUGGAUGAAGAGAACCGUCUACCUCAGCCCAGUGACCAGCACUUUGCAGAGACCGUACACAACAAACACAAGAACCACUUCCGACUGACCGUGCCCCGGAAAUCAAAGCUGCAAGUUCACAGGAAUGUGAGGGAUGACGAGGGAUUCAUCAUCAGACACUUUGCAGGAGCUGUGUGCUAUGAGACGACCAAGUUUGUGGAGAAGAACAAUGAUGCACUGCACAUGUCCCUGGAGUGCCUAGUGAGUGAGUCUAAGGACCGGUUUAUCCGGGAGCUCUUUGAGAACUCCAACAACACCAAGGACUCGAAACAGAAGGCCGGCAAGCUCAGCUUCAUCAGCGUAGGCAACAAAUUCAAGACCCAGCUGAACAUUCUACUGGAGAAGCUUCGCAGCACGGGCUCCAGUUUCAUCCGUUGUAUCAAGCCCAAUCUGAAGAUGGUCAGCCACCAGUUUGAAGGGGCCCAGAUCCUCUCUCAGUUGCAGUGCUCAGGAAUGGUGUCCGUGCUGGACCUGAUGCAGGGAGGCUUCCCCUCCAGAGCGCCAUUCCAUGAGCUCUACAACAUGUACAAGCAGUACAUGCCUGCCAAGCUGACUCGCCUGGACCCAAGACUCUUCUGCAAGGCUUUAUUCAAAGCGCUGGGACUCAACGAGAAUGAUUACAAGUUUGGGCUGACCAGAGUGUUCUUCAGACCUGGGAAGUUUAAGGAGUUUGAUCAGAUCAUGAAGUCGGACCCAGACCACCUGGCGGAGCUGGUGAAGAAGGUCAACCAGUGGCUCAUCUGCAGCCGCUGGAAGAAGGUCCAGUGGUGUUCCCUCUCUGUCAUCAAACUGAGGAAUAAGAUGCUCUACCGUGCCAGUGCCUGCAUCAAGAUGCAGAAGACGGUGCGCAUGUGGCUGUGCAGGAGGAAGCACAAGCCGCGGAUCGAUGGGCUGGUGAAGGUGCGUAACCUGAAGAACAGGAUGGAUAAGUUCAACGAGGUGAUCGCCGGCCUGAAGGAGGGGAAGCAGGAGAUGAGCAUGCAGAUUCAGGGGCUGGAAGAUGCCAUCAACACAACCAUGCUCAAAAUCAAGACCACAGCAAUGACCCGCAUUGACAUGGACCAUGAGUACCAGGCCCUGGUCACCAGGUCAGAGGAGCUGCUGACGGCCAUGCAGAACAAGAAGAAGGAGGAGGAGGAGAAGGAGCGACUGAAGAAGAUCCAGGAGGAGAUGGCGAGAGAGAAGAAGAGGAGGGAGGAGGAGGAGCAGCGCCGCAAGCAGGACAAAGAGGACAGGCGUCUGAAAGCGGAGAUGGAGCAGAAGCGGAAACACGAAGAAGAGGAGCGGAAGCAGAGAGAGAAAGAGGAGAGGAAGCUUCAGGCAGAGAUGGAUGUUCAGCUGGAGGCUGAGCGGGAGGAGGCGGCCGCGCAUCAGAACAUCCUGGAGCAGGAGAGGCGCGACAGGGAGCUGGCCAUGAGGAUCGCCCAGAGCGAGGCUGAACUCAUCCCAGAGGACACCCAGAAUGACGCAGGCCUGCGCAGUAACGGCACCUCAGGUGGUCCAUCCUCCCCAGAGAGAGCUACUGGAGCUGGUGGAUCUCAAAAGCUCAAGAGCAUGUCCAUGGAGGAAAUGGCCAAGGAAAUGUCUGAGCUUCUGUCUAGAGGCCCACAGGUUCAGGCUACCAAAGCUGCUGCUGCUGGCACCAAGAAGUACGAGCUCAGCAAGUGGAAAUACGCCGAGCUGAGGGACGCCAUCAACACAUCCUGUGACAUUGAGUUGCUUGCUGCCUGCCGAGAAGAGUUCCACCGCCGGCUGAAGGUCUACCACGCCUGGAAGUCAAAGAACAAGAAGCGUGGCAACAACCCCGGCGUCACAGAGCAGAGGGCCCCCAAGUCAGUCACUGACUAUGAUCUCGCACCUCGUGUGAGACAAGCACCCCAGGCGAACUCAGCCCCGCCCAUCCCAGCCAGGCAACAUGAGGUGGCCAUGAACAGGCAGCAGCGCUACUUCCGCAUCCCCUUCAUCCGGCCCGGGGACCAGUACAAGGACCCACAGAACAAAAAGAAGGGCUGGUGGUAUGCCCACUUUGAUGGGCCCUGGAUCGCAAGGCAGAUGGAGCUGCACCCGGACAAGCAGCCCAUCCUGCUGGUGGCAGGGAAAGACGACAUGGAGAUGUGUGAGCUGAGCCUGGAGGAGACAGGCUUGACAAGGAAGAGGGGAGCUGAGAUCCUGCCCCGGCAGUUUGAGGAGAUCUGGGAGCGCUGCGGGGGCAUCCAGUACCUCCGGAGAGCCAUCGAGAAACAACAGGCCCGCCCCACCUACGCCACAGCCAUGCUGAAGACCCUCCUCAAGUAAAGGGUGUUGGGUGAAUUUGCCCCUAGUCGCUGAUUGUGGGUCAGUUUAGCAUUUUCCCCACCUAAAGGUUAAGGUUAGGAUUGGGGGACGGGAAGCUGAUCCUAGAUCUGUACUCUGGGAAACUUCACCCUGGAGCUAAAGCCCCCUGUCUUAAACCACAGGCCUUUCUCUCACUACAGCAAAGGGAAGAAUGCACUAAGCUACUGUACCUAACACAGUGGGUAUUCAAGCCUACUGUACCUAACACAGUGGGUAUUCAAGCCUACUGUACCUAACACAGUGGGUAUUCAAGCCUACUGUACCAUGUUUUGACUGGGGGCAAGUCAUAAAUUAAUCACUUUUUGUUAAUUGUCUUUUUUCUUUUGUUCAUGUUGUUGGUUUUGGCUGCUUUCAAUUGUCUUGAUGUAUUAUUUCUUGGUGGGUGCGGGGGAAUUUGCAGUGAACCUAUGCAGAGGAAUCGGACAGUGACUAAAUAUUACAUCUCGUUUUGUUUCUCGAGCAAAUAUGGAUGUUUUCCUUUUAAUAUUCCUGCUACUUUAACUACGAAGCCUUAUUAAAACUACUUUAACUACGAGGCCUUAUUAAAACUACUUUAACAGGGUAAUUUGCUGAAAAUAGGAAGUGUUUCAAAGCUGCCUCCAAAUAAGUUUUGAGUAUUAAAUUGUUGAUGUUUAAUAUUAUAUCUUUGUGAUUUUAAAUGAAGUCAACAUUUUGUCUCUGCAGUCUUAACAGCUUGUUGAUAAUUUCACUCAAACCGAUACUUGCUGUUUAUUUUCAUGUAGUAAUUAUAGGACAAUACUUGCACAAGAGAGGGGUAGAAAUGGGCUAGGUUGGGGUAGAAAUGGGCUAGGUUGCAACUCUGUUUUCUCAUGUGAGCCAGUUAUACUUGAGCGUCAGGUUCUUCUCUAAGGAUAUUUUUUAGUAACUGCACAUAAAUUCACAUUCAUUUCUAAUUAUAAUAUUUGAUAAUACUGUAAUAAGUUUUUACCUCUGGUUUUCAGACUGAUUGUAAUAUGGGUUUGUUGAUUUGUUCCUUCAGUCCUUACUGUUUGGUUAGGAGCGGUUUGUUUUAUUCUUCAUAUGUGUGAUUUAGGUUUGCUAAUGAAAGGUAAAGAAAUAUUUGCUUUUCACAUUCCCCAACCAUUCAUUACUAAAGCCACAUGGUUGAAAUUGUUUCAUGUUCUACACAUGAAACAAUGCCUAUUCCAAAUAUUGAAACAAAAAGAAAAAUAAUGAAUGAAUCAAACUUAAUUAUGAGAAGUGAAUAAUACAAAUCUUGAUAUACUCUACGAUGUCGGACCAAAUGUGUGUAUGGGACAAAAACUGAAUAGUGAAAUCGUGUUGAUGUCUUCUUGACCCCAACUUCAUUCAAGCUCAUAUACAAUAUAGUCAGCUAUUCUUCUCUCUGCUAGAUAGUCCAAUAGACACAUACAUACAGAAUGUUCUACGUGUAUGAUCGAGAGUCUAAUGUUUCUACAAAGGAAUGUACACAUUUAUUUUCUAAAUAAAUAUUUCUACUCUAAGAUACACUAAAGCAUGUGUCAAACUCAUUCCACAGAGGGCCAUGUGUCUGCGGGUUUUUGCUCCACCCUCGUAUUUGAUUAAUGAAUUAAGGUCACUAAUUAGUAAGGACCUCCCUUCACCUAGUUGUCUACUGUAGGUCUUAAUUAAAAGGAAAAAACAAAAACCUGCAGACACUCAGCCCUCCAUGGAAUGAGUUUAACACCCCUGCUAUAAAGGGUUUGGUCACAUGACUCAUGUUUCUUAAAAUAAACAAAUGAUGAAGCAAUAAUUUACACACGCAACACUACAAGGAGGACAGACUGUCUCAAACACACAGUACAUGACAAUCUUGUGAGACUAGAACUACUCUCUUCAGGUAAGGCUGUUAGUCUUGAGUUUCUUCUCAUUCCCUUAGACGCUCUGCACAAGCGAAAGGCGACGUCGUGGUUGUUUGACAUCUAUCCACUCAUGCUCGUGUCUAAAGCAUGUCUUCAGUUUAGCCCGAAGUAUGUAUUUCUGACAAACAGCAGAGUUUACUACUGUAGUGUGGGGUCUCCUUGAAUAUCGCUUGUAAUGUACAACAAAUGACUGACUGACUUCCAUAUGCUCUGUAUCUCACAACACGCAUAGCAAUCAUUCCUCAGAUACUGCCUUUUCCAAUGCUGAUCUCUAACUGAAAUAAACGCAUUUCAUGCUUCACUCAA